AAGGGUAAUGGAAAACGACGCCCAUAUAGAAGUCUCCUCAAGCUGUUUUGUCUCAGUUCGUUCAGAAUCUCGUCCUCUGAUUAGAGGACUCCCUUUAAACCCAAUACACCAACAUCAAAACGCUGCUAAUUAACAACUAUGAAGUUCUCUAUUGCUGUGAUUUUAGCGUCAGUAAUGACAAUUAACGCUCAACAUCAGCCUCAACCACAAGCGCAGCCUCAACCACAAAAUUACCAAGAGCCGCAAUUGAAUUACCGACCAUUUUCUCAAGCGCCAGCAAACAUAAAGCAAUUGCUCCAGCUCCAGCAGGCACGAGAGCCAGUGGUCCACCUUCCACCACAACCUGUCCCUAAUUUCGGGCCCGCGACACCCGCCAAGCCGGUCCAGACUGCCCAGGGUCAGCUUCCGGCCCAUCAGUACCAGCCUCAAGUGCAAUACGGCACCAACCCGCAACAGCCGAAUUACGCGAAUCAAGCUGCUGCGUUCGCGGCCCAGUACCAACCUCAGCAGCCUCAGCAACCCCAAACAGCUCCUGGGCCUCAGUACCCUCAGCCUCAACCUCAGUACCCUCAAGCGAACCCGCAAUACCAGGGAUAAUUCAAGUUUCUUUGUCAUUAAUCGUUACAAUAAUUAAUUAAUUAAUUUUUCAAAUGAAAGAAAUCAAAUUAAAUAAAACAGUAGUGUUUAGAAUAAUUGUUAAUUAUGAAUUUAAAAAAUUGAAAGUUAUUGUGUAGAUUAAUAGAAGAAUCGAUUGUUUAAUACAUAAAUUCAAACUGACAAGUUUAGUUUUCGUUUCACUGACCCAAUGAAUCCGCGCUUAGAGUACUCACGUUUCCUGGCUCGUUUCUCCUGCACAAUUGCUUUCACUUUAGCACACGCCGGAGAGGAGGGAGCAAGUGGAGUAACUGCUUGAUCUGUAUCUUUACUCACUCACUAGACUGCAUAUUUCUGUAUAUGUAUGUAGAUAUAUUUUUGUAGUUACUCUCGCGACCUGAUUGUAAAUCUAGUAACUGUGCUUUGUUUCAGUGUAAUUUUCUGCAAUAAUAUAUGAUUUAUAUACUUAAGAUCACUUACUUAAUCAUGUAAUUCAAGCUAUACUUAAUAAAGAAUGUUUUACUUUUCUUUUCA